AUGACGUACGGAGCAGCGGUCACUGACGUCACAGGAGAUGGAUAUUUCGAAGUUGUCGUUGCGACAUACAGUGGUUCGAAUCUUAUACUGUCUUACGACCACAAAAUCCACGCGCUAAAGAACAUUGCCGUGACUGGAUCACCUCACGAGGCGGUGAUGGAUCCCGAGGGCCAUGCAGUAGGCGUGGCCGCUUGUGACGUAGAUGGUGAUGGAAGGGAAGAAAUUUACAUCCUGAACUCAAACUCCGAUAUCAAAAAGCGGGAAAAUCACGGCGACAAGUUAUUCAAAUAUGUGGACAACAGAUUCGUAGAUCUGUUAUCAAAUUCCGUUAAUUCAUGGAUUCGGGAAGUGGCGCAUGUCGGCCAUUCUGUGACAUGUAUUGAUAGGAAAGGUACGGGUCUUUACGCAUUUGCUGUGAUGACCUCGAUGCUAAACGGAACUGAACGUUUUUUACUCAUUGAAAUGGACAAAUCACACCCGGAUAAUAAUAUCAUUAGUGGUCCAAUCGUCUUUAGAGACGUUGCCAAGGACGCCGGGAUAGACAUGGCAACGAGCGGUAGAGGCAUAGCCAUUGGUCCAAUUUUAGGAACAGAUGGACGAUCAGAUAUUUUUGUUAAUGUUGAUGGCGAUCAGAACAAAAAUGGAGAAAACAAACUAUUUAUGAAUAUCGGAGAAGGCAAGUUCAGAAAUGUAGCCCGACAGUUAGGCUUGACCGACGAAAACCAAAGGGGACGAGAUGUUGUCCUUGGUGACAUUAAUCAAGAUGGCCUGAUGGAUAUCGUAGCAGGGAAUUGGUUGGGUUCUCACAGAUUAUUUAUCCAACAGGUAACAUCUUAUAGUCAAAAUGUGAAAUUUAUCGACAUGGCCACUUCAAAAAUGCAAGAUAGUUCUGCGUUAUGCUCCUUAGCUAUGGCGGACUUCGAUAAUGAUGGCCAUUCGGAAAUACUCUUUAACAAUGCUUUAUAUUACAAGCCGGGGCCAAACAGGCUAUUUAGAGUCAACAUUACGACGACAAGUGCAGAGAGGCAGGAUUUGAAUAUCACAAAAAUUGACAUCGGAGAAGCCCUCGAGCCAAGAGCUUAUAGUACCGGAAGUGUCGUCACGGAUAUCGACCGUGACGGUGUCCUUGACAUUCUUAUAACUCAUGGUGAGUCUAUCUCUCAUAGUAUGACAGCUUAUUCGGCAAGGUCUAAAAAGCGAACAAGGGGCGACUUGGCAUCAAAUGGUUCAACAAUAAAUUCAAAAGUGAUGUUAUUAAAUAAUUAUACACGAAAUAUGUUUGGUAAUGAAUCACUCAGUUUGCCCAGAAAUGAAAAUUUUUGGGUAAGAAUAAUUCCUAAAACUCGUUUCGAAGCACCUGCUCGUGGGGCGAAGGUCACUUUGGUGUUAGCUGGAGGUAAAUGGAUGACCCAAGUCAUUGGUGUAGGGUCAGGAUAUCGUGGUCAGAUGGAACCAGUGGCACAUUUCGGUAUCGGGAGAAAAACGGAUGUGCUAUUAUUGGAGGUACAAUGGCCUGAUGGGAGGGUCUACCAGAAGACAAUGGGUGUAGAAGAUGUAAACAGAGUACACGAUAUACCUUGGUCCAGCCUGUACAAGGAAACGAGUAUAUUUCCGAGUAAAAACGUGGACAAAAAUCUACGUAGACGAACCGGAAGUGCAGGACGUGUUAACACUAGUAUUGGGUUUGUAUUACUGGUGCAUAUAUCUGUUGGUAUAGUGCUAUUUUAUAUGUAG